AGCGUUAAUGCAUAAGACUUUACCGCUACGGUGUUUCAAGUUGUAGACCCAAAUAGAAAACAGCAUUUAUUCUGGUAGCAAACUUCCUAUGCUAGAUAUCGCCACUGCUCUGGCAGCAAACCCAGGCUCUCCAAGAGCCUGGGUUCCUUGCAGGCUACCCAUUGCGAACCCGCGAGCUGGGUUCGUCGCAGGCUACCCAGCUCCUGGGUUCGCGAGGAACCCAACUCCUGGGUUCGCAAGGAACCCAACUCCUGGGUUCGCGAUGAACCCAGGCGCCUGGGUUCAUCGCGAACUCGUGAGCUGGGUUCCUCGCGAACCUACCAUGGAAUGCAUCCUGAAAUUUUAAAAAGAAUUGGAAUAAAAGACACAUAUCCAA